AUGGAGGAAGAACUCAAGAGCUUGAUCAAAGUAUGGUUUUGUGCAAUAAUCUCCAUAUCUUAUUGUUACUACUUACCACCCAGAAUCAAAUCUGGUGUUCCUCGAUUACUCUCUGUUUUCCCCGUUCUUGCUCUGUUUCUUGUUCUUCCUCUGCUUUUCUCCUCUGUGCAUUUAUCUUUAAUCACAGCCUUUUUCCUCGCAUGGCUUGCUAAUUUCAAACUUAUACUUUUCUCCUUCGAUAAAGGUCCUCUAACCCCACUUCCCACAAAUCUCUCCCGAUUCUUCUGCUUCACUUGCUUCCCAAUCAAAGCCCAACAAAACCCUAAAUCUCAUAGUCAUUUGCCAAAAUUAUCUUUCGCCAUCAAAGUUGUCAUCUUUGGUGUGCUACUACAUCUAUAUGGCUACAGACGAAACCUUUCUCCGACUCUGCUAUUGGCUCUGUACUUUGCGCAUCUAUACUUGGAGAUUGAGAUCAUUUUAACGUUCGUCAAAGUUGUGGUUUUUAUCUUUCUUGGCUGCGACCUCGAACCACAGUCCAAUAAACCAUACUUAGCCACAUCUCUACAAGAUUUCUGGGGUCGCCGUUGGAAUCUCAUGGUUCCAGCGAUUCUUCGGCCAGCAGUUUACGCCCCGAUGCGGCGAGUCUCUGAACGCAGAAUGAGCUCCGGCUGGGCUCUGUUUCCGGGGAUUUUAGCAGCGUUCGUUGUCUCCGGUUUGGUUCACGAGCUGCUCUUCUUCUAUUUAACUCGUGAGACGCCAACAGGGGAAGUUACUCUGUUUUUCGUGGUACAAGGCGUUUGCACUGCCGCGGAAUUGGCGGUGAAGAAGAAGACGACGGUGAUGAAGCGGUGGCAGUUGAGUCCGGCGGUGUCUCGGCUGCUCACGGUGGGGUUUGUGUUUGUGACCGGUGGUUGGUUGUUUACACCUCAGCUUAUAAGGAGCGGUGUGAUUGAGAGAUACACCAAUGAAGCUUUAUUGUUCGUUAAUUUCGUUGAGCAGAAGUUAUCUACUGUUUUGUUGGGAUAUUUAUGA